AGCUGAGGAACGCUACCUCGUUGAGUUGCUCGAGAGGCGGCCCCACGAGCGAGCGACAUGCGCCGGCGAGUCGUGCUUCUGUCGACAACACGAUCGACUCUUUGACGAGACCGCUGCACACGUCUUUGAUGAUCGGGGGAGCAAGGGGGGCGAUCGUGGAAGGGAGGGGGGGUCGGUUGAGGAGCAGCCCCCUCGCAAACGGGCGAGGCGGAACAAGACCUUUUGGGAAGGGCACCAACAGUGCUCGCAUACGGUGGCGCCUCAGGGCUGGACCGCUCGGCCGCCAACGGAAGCAAGGGGGAAGGAGGCGAUCCGGGGUUGGGUCGACGCGUGCACGAGCUGUUCGAUGGCCUCUUUGGCGGCCGUCGGCGGUCGAUGCGAGCACGGAGAGGCUUUGAGGGUUCGCACCCCUGUCAUGCUUCUCACCACGGAGGCCGUCCAAGUCACGAAGCCCAAGCUCGCGCGCUUGAGCGACGCGCAUGCCGUUCAUGAUCCGCUGGUGACUUCGCUCGAUCGCCCGGUUCCUGUGAGCAAGCUGAGGGACUGCCACUUUGCGGAGCUUUCGGAGAAGGGGCUGUUGAGCGCGCCCUGCCCCUUGGGGCCCCCAGCGUGUGGCGGUUCGUGGGUCGAGCAGUGGGGCGAAGCGGAAGUGACGGCCGCCCAGUGGAGCCAGCGGGUUCGGUUGCGAGUGUACCACUGCCAGUGUCUCAACGAGGCGCACGCGAUCCACUUUGAUGGCGAGCACCUGGGGCUCUUCACGUGGAACCGCAGGACGAUCUUCGUCCAAGAGAGCUUGCAAUUGCUCUUGCGGGGCAUGCAGCACGGCCACAGCUUCAAGGCCGAGCUGGCAACGCAUCAAGCGGCCUUCCAACGGUCGCCGGAUGCGGCCGUCUUGAGCGAGGAGACGUGGCGGAGGGCGAGCCUCGACUUCUUCAAGCUGGUCGGCCUCGGGCUUCGAGAGUGCUGCUCGUUGUGCGGGCAUCAUCCAAAGGUGCUCCUGUGCGAUGGGAUCGUUGGGCUGGCGAGCACUGACGGCUCGCAGAAGCCUGGGGGGCUCGGCAGCUCUUCGCUUGACGCGCGACGAACGUUUUGCCACCCAAGCCGAGAGUUGAGUGGAGCACUCCUCGAGAAGAGGUCGAUCUCGGGGCGCGAUUAUUGCGCGGCCGGCCUCCAUGGAGGCGGGAUAAAGCGCAAGCUUCUGUUGCAACCAGAGCUACGAGAGGCGCUCGCACGAUUGUCCCAGCAUCGGCCAAAGGACGAAAAGCUCGGGAAGAGGUUGUCAAGGGUGGAUUUUGAGGUCCUCAUUGCCGGCUUGGCUCACGGGGACACGACAAUCGUGAAGCGCUUUGGCGCCGAGGAGGCCGAAGGCCCGCUCUCGGAGGACGGUAAAAGGCGCAUGCUGGCCGAGCAGCAAACGAUGGUGCGGGACCGCAACCUGGCCGUCUUUGAGCUGCUGACAGGCAUCCAAGCCGACUUCAAAAGGCGAGGGUUGAGCUCGGACCUGUGGGAGCACUGGGUUGGCGAGUGGGUAGAGCUCCUAUACUCCCUCGGCGCGCACGAUUCGGAUGAGGACCUGAUUGGAGUUGGCGCGCUGCACGUGGUGCGAAAGCUCUUGCUGGGCAGCGAAGCCUCUCUCGAGGACCGCCGCGAGUUGGGACGAGACGCGCCCAUCUUGCGGCGGCUCUUGGACUCGUACGGAGGGCUCACGUUCCCCGCCUUCUUCAUGCGCACCCUCCACCACCUGUACCUGCUCGCGCUCCUUGCGAGAGGGGCAACGGGGUUUGAAGCUGAGGGGCGGCUGGGUUGGGUGCACGAGGCAAUCGACCCGUUUGAACGAGCGGUCUCCCUUCUUGCGGAGGCCCGAAGGCGUCCCCUGAGCAUCGAGGAGCGCCAAAGGCUGGACGAGACUCGAGGGUUGGCGAACGAGCUACUCCCAGGGGUUGAGAGGUUCCACUUUGCAAAGGCUGGAUCCGAAGUGCACAAGUGCGGCCCCUCCAAUUGUCCGGAGAGCUACUGCGGACUACACUGGGUGAACACGUCGGCCGUGGAGUCGGUCAACAGCUUUCUCAAGGGCUUUAGAAGUCUGGGGUGGUAUUCAGGGCUUGACAACCUCAUGGUGAUACUGCCUCUGCUCCUCGGCGGCUAUAACAGCUCUUUAAGACGAGUCGACGACGCCAAGAUUAGCAUCGCGAUUGGAUCGGCCGUUUGGGUGGCUGGGAUUCGAAGAAGACUUUUGCUAGGCUAG